AUGGCGCUCGAUGCCGUUCUGUAUAGCUGCUUGAUUGAUGGGUAUCUGAAGAGAGGUGACCUGAUGGAAGGUCUUCGGAAGCACAAACUCAUGGUGGAUAAGGGAAUUACUCCAGAUGUAAUUGGUUAUACUAUCAUCAUUGAUGGGUUGUGUAAAGAAGGAAAUGUAGAGAAAGUGAUCGGUUUUCUGGAGGAAAUGGAGAGCAAAGGUGCGCAUGCCAAUGUGGUGACUUACACAGCUGUAAUUCAUGGUUUCUGCCGGAGGAACAAGUUGGAGGAAGCAUUUUGUGCCUUGAGGAAAGUGGAAGAGAAGGGAGACUUGGAUAGAUUUUUUACUUUGCUUGAGGAAUCGGAGAAGAAAGAGAUUAAAGUUGGAACAGUGACAUACAACACAUUGAUCAAUUCCCUGUGUAAAGCUGGCCAAGCAAGCAAGGCAAAUGAGAUCUCAAAGGGCUUUACCGGUGAUAAUUUCACCUAUGCGACAUUGUUACAUGGAUACCUGAAGGAAAUGGAUGUGGUAGGCAUCUUGGAGGUCAAGAGGAGAUUGGAUGAAUCUAGCAUUGUUCCUGACAUUGUUACUUGCACAGUUGCAAUGUCCUUAUCAAGGCUUUGUUUAUGGCAGAUGACAAAUGCCAUGUUCCUUUACCUUAGCAAGAAAAAUGUGGACAAAGCUAUUCAUUUUCUAAAUGUUAAAUGCAAAAGGAUCAUUUCAGUCAGUGCCUUGACCACGGUCAUUGACACUUUUAAGAAGGAACCUAGAAUUGAAGAUGCUUACCAGUGUUUAUUGCAAUCUGAAAAAAAUGGAGUUCCUGUGGAUGCAUUUGUUUACUCUCUUGUGGUGGAUGGACUUUGCAAGUCAAGUUAUCUCGAAAGAGCUCUAGAUCUCUGUGGAAGCAUGAAAAGAAAGGGGAUAUACCCUAAUGUUGUCAUCUACAAUUCUGUAAUCAAUGGUUUGUGCCAGCAAGGAUGUCUAACUGAAGCAUUCAGAAUUUUUGAUUCUUUGGAGAACCUUUUCAUGCCUCCUACAAUUGUUACUUAUUCUACUCUUAUAGGUGCAUUAUCUAGAGAAGCUGCAGAUUGGUUGAAGAAGCCUUGGAUCUCCUCUCAGAUUUGGAAAAGAAUUGUUAAUCCAGAUGAUUAUACAAUUGCGGCUAUCCUAAAUGGGUUUUGUCAAAGAAGGGACAUUGAAGGUGCCCUAGGUUUUUUUACUGAGACCAAAACGAGAGGAUACUUAUCAGAUUUCUUGGGUUUCAUGAAUCUCGUAGAUGGACUCCUUGCGGAAGGAAUGAUGGAGGAAGCAAGGAGCAUUUUAAGGGACAUUCUGAAGCGUGCAGAAAUUGUAGAUCUGAUAAAUAAUGCUGGAGAUGAGCUUCAUGUAGAGUCCUUAGAUAGUCUCCUAUCUCUUGCAUGUGAGCAAAGAAGAAUCAAGGAAGUCAUACUUGUUCUAAAUGAAAUUAGUUAUUUGUCCAUAUCUUCCACAAGGUCUAACAGUGGUAGAGUGUUUCUGAAACUAAAGGAGCUGCAUGGUUCAGGUGUUUUAGAUACAGAAAACAAGAUAGAUGGAAGAGGCGUUCAUCGUCUGCUGGUAGCAGAUGUUCAUGGGACUAAUAUAAAGGGCGGAUUUAUUGUGAAGGUGGAUGAAGAUAGUGACAAGGAAAUUAAUGAAUAUUUGAUGGAAAAACCACUAGGCUAUGACUUUGCAACCUACUAUUCCAUCAUUUCAUUGUUGUGUCAAUGA